CUUGAUACCAGAUUAGAGCUAUCAUAAACUGCGUCAUAAUGGGCUUAAAUAUAGCCCUGGGUUUUCCAGUUUCGGUAUUAAGCGUUAAUAUUAACAAAGAUGAAUGACACAGUGACUGAAUAUGUUCACUCGUUCCCUUUCUUGGAUGUGUAUCCUCGUGUACAUUAUUUUCAAAGACGCUUUGCAGAUCUACUUACAAGAUUCAGAAGAGUCACAGGUGCCCUUCCAGGAUGUUUGCGUGAUAAACCUUUUUUGUCUUUGCUUGAACGACUAGAAGGCGAUCUGGAAUGUGGAAUAUGUGUACAUGUGAUAGGACUGAAUGAUAUCAAUGACAGCGACCUUGUUUUCAAUACUUCUACAUCUAGAAAACAAACGACAAAAGCUGAAGAACCAAGAACUGCAGUUGCUGUAUGUCACCUCAGUUCGAAAACAUUGGACCAAAAAGAAUUACAGGAUAUUGCAGUGAAACUGAAAGCUUUUGCCACAGAAACUGCAAGGUCAGAACUGAAUGCUUAUGUAUUCAUCAAGUGCGGCUCAAACAAACACUACACAGAAAGCGAAAUUGAUGAUGUCCGAAGGGAAAUUUUUGAAGUGCUAGGCGAUGAUCUGAAAGGGUUUUAUUCUCAACAAAGCGAUAUUUCAGUCGUUUUCAAUAAAAAUGACCUGAAGACAAACAUUUCUGACACAAUUGAGAAAAGUAUUGCUGCUGCUUUUUUGCGAAUACAUUCCCAUCUUAAGAGGUUUGAGUGCGUGACCGGAGAAAGUGGCAUAGGAAAGACGAAUGUAUUGGAUUCUGAUACAGUAGUUGCUUCUAUAAAAGACUUCCUACGAAAUGCUCAUAACAAUGUCGAAGUGGAGCUGAAAGAAGAUAUAGAAGAAAAACAAUGCGGUGUGAUUUUUGAGCAUAUAAUUGGUUCCUUGUGUCGCUUGGUCCGAUGUACACUUGUUGUUCCCUUAGCAAAAAAGUUCGGGUUCAAGGAAUGGAUAUGCAACGGGCUCCUGCACGAGAUUCGACUCGAAGACGCCUUGGCGGAAGCUAUCUCAAAAAAUACAACGCAUCACUUUCGAAAUCUUGCAGCAUUUACAUAUAAAACCAAACGGUGUGGUAAAAACGACGCACAGAAAUACUACAACUUCGAUUUCAUUUGUUACCUGCUACAGAAAGACCUGGAACCUGUAAUAGAUAAAGUUGAGAAAAAGUUUCUUUCAUUACAGCGCCUUUCAAUGGUAAUCCGGCGAAUGGCAUUUGAAACGCAAGGCUACUUGAAACAAACAAACAGAGACAGAAGUGAACUUAUUGUUCCACAGGAGCCCAAGUUAUCUGAAGAACUAAGACACGCCUUAUUAAGCAUUCCAGGUGUAUACGGUCUAGGCACAAUAUACGGUCAGCUAGAGAUUCAUGUAGAUAAAUAUAUAGUAAAGGACUCAGCAGAUACAAUGACAGCACCUAACAAAGCUAGAGAUAAUGAUGGUGCAAGUAAACGGAGCAGUGGAGAAACAACAUACUCCAAACAGUCUUCAGACGGUGUUGAGUCAUGCGAGCAAACGAUAUACUUAUCAAAACUGAAGUCAGACAUUGCCUUAGAAUUGCAGAAAAAUCAUUUCAAUGGGCAACACACAGUUAAAUACAUCCUAAAGAAACCAGAAGAAAUGGCUGCUAGUUAUGAACCUGGUGACAAGUUGCUUCGUCGAGAAAACGGAACAUAUGUAUUCGGGACUCUAGGGGCAUUUAUCGUCACCAAAGAUGAAAAACUUCAUGGCCUUACAUGUGGUCAUGUCGUAGGUGAAAAUAAAAAAAUAUUUAUCGACAAAGGUGGACCAGAACCAUUUAGCAAAUGUCCAAAAAUAGUUAAAACUGGCAAUGGGGAACUUAAAUACAUAGAUGUUGCAGUUUUAGAAGUACUUCCUUUAUUACAAAAAGAAUGUAAACGGUCAUUGGAGAGAAGUGUCGGACGCAUAACAACUGCCAAAAUAUCUAAUGACCAUCCUGCAUCUUUAAAUGGAAAAAUUGUUUACAAGUAUGGAGCCGCAACAGGCGAAACAAAAGGUUUUGUCGUGUCUGAUGACUAUGUGUACAAAGGAUUUGAUGAAGAAGCUAAAGAGUACUUAGUCAUGAUAGAUAUCGUUCCGAACGUUCCGGAUGACUCUACAUACGACUUUAGUCCUAUUACCCGUCAGAAUGAUAUAUGUCCGUCAAAAUCGACUGAUCAAGACCGGAAUAAUGCAGGGAUGGAAGUCGUAUCAGGCGAUCAAAGUGACACUACAAAACACUUCGGUUCUCCAAAAACUCAAACCGGUGCACUCCCAUCAGAAAUGAUUAAACACAGCACGACUUCACCAACUUCUAGGGUGCAAGACGUUCCAAAUGGCAUGACGGGCGACGUCAGUCCUAUAACAACCCAAAAUUACAAACAUUAUCCUUCCCAGUUGUUUGAACAAGACGGAAGCAGUAUGGAAAUAGAUGAGGCAACCUUAAAAGGAACGCCAAUAUACGGGACAGCAAGUAAUGAGCCUGAAGAAACGAGCACAGGUACAAUAUAUAAUAGGUGUUCUAAUAUUGGCAAUUGCGAUAGCAUUACAUUAGAAUCCGGCUGCCCUACAAGUGGAAAAGUAAGAUUGAAAGACAAGCAGUCCAGCUCUGAUUCUCCAUGGCUUGAAGUAUGUGGUUCGGAUGAUGUAAAUGGAAAUUGUCUAGUGUAUAUUCGAGACGUUCAGUCUGUUUCUUCUGAAUUAGGUGAACCAGAAACGCCUUGUAGUGUGUUUGCACAAAGCAGAGACAGUGGAUCAGUAGUCUGUACACAUGAUGUAUCCCACAACAGCUUUACUUAUCUAGCUGUAUCAAUGCUUUCUGCCGGCGAUUUCAAAAUUGAAGGAAACGAAGGUCCGAAAUGCUUGUCUUUUAAAUUGAAUGUAGCAUUGGAAAAGCUAAAGCAAGAGUAUGCGUUGGACAUUUGACUGGUUCCAAAACUGUUUAAGUCUGGUAUUAUCUAUUAAAGUUGUUUUAGUCAGUAGUCGCAGUUUGUAUUAGAUGUGCCUUUUCUCUACUGACAGAUGAUAGACUAGACACAUUUUUAAAGUUCUACUUAAAAAUGAUUGUAUUUUUUUUUAUUUAAUAGUUGGAAGCGUUUAAUUGUGAUAUGUAAUCGUUAAAUUUUGAGGAAAAUCCAUAUUGUUGUGGCAUACAAGUCUUAUAGGGUUAUUUCAUAAAUAAUCUAACUAAUUCUUGUUUACAUUGCAAACCAUAAUAUGUGUCUGUUUUACCUCAGAAAGUUAAUCUUCUGCAAAUAUCGACAAACUUCAAUGCAAAUUAAACACAGUGUUCAAUGACGUUGUAUUUUGAUAAAACAUGUAAAUAAAUUAAUAAAAUAAUA